AACUCACCACAUUGAUAGAAAAAAGGGUUCCAGUCUAAAUGAUCAAAUCAUGGCUUAUUGGGAAUGGAAAACAAAGUUAACGGACCCAGAAUCAGGCCUUAUGGACUACUGGGAGCGGAAGAGGGACUAACAAGUCAUCAUAAAGACUGAGACCAUUAGACUGGGUUCCCAUACCUAGAUCGACCUAACAGGAUCGAUCCAUCUACGAGGGAUUUCUAACUGAAGCUGAAGCUGCCCGGGGUACUUAAAUAUCGUUUAACAGCUUCAGUAGGCAUGUCAGACAUAUAAGCCGCUUAAAGCUGAAAGCAAUUUUGCGAGAAUCCCCUUGGAGAUAGAUCGAUCCACAGUUAGUACGAUAGGGUCUGGGAGUGGCCCCAUAGUUGUUCACCUUCACCUAAACAAGUAAUUCAGUCGUGACCAAGUCUGUCAGAGUGCAUGAAGGGAGGGAACAGCCAACAGCAAAAAAAUGGCGAAACAGCAAAAACGUGCUUACUCUGCGUACUUGCCUACAUUUUACGCUAAAUUUGGAGGAGGUUACCCUCCACGACCAGUUUUCAACGAGUGGCCAACAUGUUGCCAAAUCUAUCAAGAUGUCUGCCUCAAAAUGCCCGAGAAGUUAUACACACUCAACAGCUCAGAGAAGUUCAGGGAAUGGAUGGAAGAGGAACUUAGCAGAGUUGAUUUAUUAAAAGUUGAAAUGGCCAUCACAUCCCUGAUCGACAAGGAGUGUAUCUCGGUGCUGGCGGGUUACCUGGCCUGUCUGAGCUACCUGGCACACGCCUAUCGCUGGGGUACAGUACCGACCACGAGCCUGGAACGGGAAAGAAGCACUCUCGAGUUCCCCGACUGCCUCUGGAACCCUUUUAAAAAGGUGAAUGAUUAUUUUGGCCUUCCGUAUCGUGGCAACCACUUUUCUCUCAUGGCUUGCAACGCUAUUUAUGAUGAAAGCGGAUCACCUGUAAGUAUGAAGUUCAAAUGGAAUUACGACCCGGAAAUAGCGAACCAAGAAAGUAACUUCAUGUUACUGAUGGCAAAAGCCGAAUGUGAAGCACCUCACACCCUCAAUUCUCUCGCCGAGUACUUGGAUUUGCUUCAAACGUUCACAACCUCAGACGACAGGAAUGGCGUCGAGCAGCAGAUGAUCGAAAAGGUGUAUCUUGCAAAGCGACACCUCUCGGCACUCCUUAGGCAGGCCAAUAAAAUAAUGGACGACAGUUUCAUUUCAAGGGAGGUCUUUGCACCGCACAUCCAGGGAAUGAUUGCAUGGGGAUUAGACACGGACAUUGGGUCGUCUGCUGCGGAAAAUCUCAUUUUCCAGACACUGAAUGUGUUUUGCGACAUGGAAGGUGCGAGCAAAAUGAGUCGUUUUGGAAAGAGGACGAGGAAGAGCAUUCCAGAAACCUCCAGGGUCUUAUUAGCCAAGUUUGAAGAGAGCACAAAAGAAAAUCUCUUUCCGACAGAGCAAUUGUCCCAAGCAAAGGCUGACUUGAUUACGGUGUUUUAUUCCUUUAUUUUGGGGCAUGCGCGAAAGGUACCGGGCUACAUAGCUAAAAGUCCAAUGACUGCUUCCAGAUUCUUAAGAAAAGACUUGGUAUCCAGCUUUAAGCGUAACAUGAAAGAGCGUUGCGACGAAGUUUCUUUUGCCAGAAACAAGGCUUUGGGUAGAUCGUCUGACGACGGCAUCAGCGGCAAUGGAAUUCAAAAAAGCGUUUUGUGGUCCCAGAGUAAGCCGCUGUUUUGUUGGCGAAAGGCAUUUGCGACAUCUCAUUUAAGACUACUGACACUUUUUAAUCAUUAUCCCGAGUUGAUUAUUGCUUUUGUAUAUUUGCUAUUUACUUUAACUUUCAGUAUUUAAAAAUCUGACCUUUUAUACUCAACAGGAGAUUAUAGUUGGACAUUUUCUCCUUACUUUUUAUACAGAACAUUAUAAUUUGACA